GUCUUCUCCUCCUCCUUCCAAGCGCUCCCUCCGGCUGUCCGUCCGAGCGGAAAACUGGGAUGAGAGUUUUAAUAAUGGCGUGGACACAGUGGGGAGCAGCUGCUCUUUACGUUCUGUCCGCUAACAGCAAGAAAGCCGCGAGCAUCGAAAAGGAUUUUAUGGCCGCUUUGAGAGCAUUUUAACGGAAUUUAUAAUGUUACCGCACUGAGAUUAAAUCUCCGCUGAGAGCUUCAAACUGUGAAACUACCUGCUGCUCUUCGCUUUGUCAUGUCGUUACUGUGUGUCAGAGUGAAAAAAGCCAAGCUUCAAGGUCCACCAGAUAAGUUCAACACCUACGUGACGCUGAAGGUCCAGAAUGUUAAAAGCACAACCAUCACUGUGCGAGGAGACCAGCCCUGCUGGGAGCAGGACUUCAUGUUCGAGAUCAACCGGCUGGACCUCGGUCUCAUCGUCGAGGUCUGGGACAAAGGUCUCAUCUGGGACACCAUGGUGGGGACGGCCUGGAUUCCUCUGAAGACCAUCCGGCAGUCUGAAGAGGAGGGAUCUGGAGAGUGGAUUUUCCUGGAUGCAGAGGUUUUAAUGAAGGCUGAUGAGAUUUAUGGCACCAAGAACCCAACGCCUCAUCGGGUUCUGCUGGAUACCCGCUUUGAGCUGCCGUUUGAUAUACCAGAAGAUGAGGCUCAGUAUUGGACCGGCAAGCUUGAACGCAUCAACAUGGGAAUCCACGACGAGUAUCCCCUUCAGGAUGUGGACAAUCCGAGGGCCGCGCUGCAAUGUGCCCCCUCCCAGUGUUCUUUGGAUGACCAGGACAGUGCCGUGGACGACAGGGACAGCGACUACCGCAGUGAGACCAGCAACAGUCUGCCGCCGCGGUACCACACCACGGCCCAGCCUAACUCCUCCAUGCACCAGUUCCCCAUGGGGCCUCGUCCGCAGCAGCUGCCGGACUGCUGCACCGACUCUGUCCACAGUUUGGAUCUGGACUACAGGGACCAGAGAGGAAGCAGCUCUUUAAACCAGAAGGGAAGAGUUAGAAUUAUACCUGUAGAUUCUGGGAUGGGGUUUGAAGAGUGGGAAAACAAAUACAAAGGACGAUCAAAGCCCAGGCUGAGUGACUUCUUAGAUGAAGAGGAAGACAGCGUAAUCUUUCGAAUGGGCAGACCUUACCCACAGCCGGCAAGAGAGCCAGUUAGUCACAAAACAGUGCGGGCUGCCACAUAUCCCGAAGGGUAUGACACAAUUGACAGGCGGAGAAAGAAAAGAAUAACAGAUCCGAGAGGACUUCUUGAUAAGCAGCGAGAAGAGAGCUCUGUCUCUCACUUUGCACCGCUUCAGGAAAAAAAAGGGGAGCCGUUUCUGCGACGGGUAGCAGAGAUGCAGGAAGAAGAGGAGCAUUUCACAACCUCUUCUUGCCUUAGGCCGCACAAGGACGGGCUUCUCUACAAAACAAGGAUGUGGGCCAAAAACGACCUUGACAAUACUUUAGAGAAUUAUGUAGCAUAUAAAAAAGGGUAUGAUAGUAGACCGAGGGCAAGGUUUGACUUUGAAUUUGAGAAUGGUAAGGAUCCCCCCUACCCUUCAGGCGUUAUUAAAGAUGAUCAUUAUAUUGACUUUGUGGGUGAAGACUUCUACUCAGACAAUGCAAGGCUUUGCAAGGACCAUCAUUCGUAUGAGAGCUACACGGAUUAUGACCAGACACUUCGGGAAAAGAAGUGUGGCAAAUCUAAAACAGGAGGAUGGGCUUCUGAGGCAAUACUCUCCCCUGUAGAGGAGCCGGUCGAUGAAUAUGUUGACCCGAUGGAUGAGCUGCAGUGUCUUGUUGAAACAGUGUCUGAAUAUCUUGCUGAAAAAGAAGAGGAAAUUAGCAAAUAUGGAUCCCUUCCUAAAUCAAGCAAAUCAAGGCUAUCAUCCCAAGGUAGUAAUAGAACGGAUUCAUUUGGAGAAGAGCAGAGUGUUUCAAAGGAUUGUAAAGGAGAAACCCAAAUCCAAGCUGAAUCUGAUCAGGGUAUUUCAGGUGUAAAAAAUGCAAUGAGCUCAUUGUUUUGCUCCAUUAAUGACAAAGUUGGAGGAGGCCUCAAACAACCUGCUUCAGCUCCCCAACCAUCAUCUCCCCUACCUGCGCAGUCUGGAAUAACACGGCUUCUGUCUUUUAUUCCCACUAAGGCAAAUAGCACUGCUCCAGUAGCAGUUGUAUCUCCAGUAGAAACUUCUCCAAAAAAGUCAUUCAGCACUCUGCCUUAUCAGCCUCCACAGAACAAAACAACAGAUGCUCAAGAAACAGGAACUGCCGUAAGAGGUAAAACUCAAAGAAAUAAUGGAGAACAUUCACCUGAGGUCCUGACUCAGCCCCAAAAUGAGACAGGAAACUCGAUCUUAGGUAAACUGAAUCCUUUAAAGCUGUUCUCAGGUGGGGGAGGUGGUAUCCCUGCUGAAUCAAAGCAAGAAGAGUCUAAAUAUUCCCAAGGACAUAUUCAGCCAGACAGAAUUAUGGUUGAUAAAUCCAUUUAUCAAAGUAAACAGUCAAUGAGAGACAAUGAUUAUGAUAUGAAAUCACUCAGGUUAGGAAGUUCGUCUCAUGAAAAUGACGAGAAUUUAUGCUGGAAACAAAAUCCAGAGAGCUCAGAACAAAAUAAAAAUGCUCCAGAACCUCAAAGAUCUACCUUCCAGACUCAAAACAGUGGGUUUUUUAGCCCUUUUAGGAAAUCACUGAGUUCCCUGAUUCCACCAGCCAUUCCUAUUGUGCCUCAAAGCACUCCCCCUGUGGCAGUAUAUCCAGUGUUUCGAGCUAACGAGAACCCCCAGCCAGGCAAACCAGUAGGGAACCACUCAGCAAGUGGUACGACUAAACUACCUUUCCAACCCCCAGUCAAUCCCAAAUCUGGUAAAGUAGUUACUGGAUUUUUGGGGUUUUCAUCCACUGAAGACACAGAUGCCUCUGCGACAGCACAGAAUUAUCCACAAGAACGUCACAAUCCAGUUUCAGCCUACUCUACUUCUACCAUGCAACAACAAAACACUGAAAAGGGCUGGUUUUCUAGCAUGUUUGAUCCCUCCUCCAAUCCUGCUGGUUCAAACCAGAAGUCUAGAGUGCCAAAUGACCAACAACAUACCUCAAAUCAGAAACCAACAAGAGCUCCUCAUGGAACACAGUCUCAAAGCCCCAGUCAGCCUGGAUCACAGCAUUUCAGCACAACCCCUUUGAGACGCAGCUCAGUCGAAGGCAUUCAUCAAAUGGACUCUAAUCAACACAAACAAGGACUGCUAUCUGGACUACUGAAUUUUGGGUCUACUAGUGACAUGACUUGCAGUUUGCCGCAGCAGGCAAGCAAUCCACCUCCACAACAAAGUUGUACCACUCCACAGAGAGGUGGCCUUCUGUCAGGGCUAUUGAAAUUUUCAUCAACAGAAAAUAUACAACAAAAUCAGAACACUGCAGAAGCAGAAAAGCCAAGGGUAAUAAGUGGCAGUAAUCCUGGGCAGCAGCAGACAUAUGGUGAAACUCGGCAAACACAUCCUAAACCAAAAAGCUUACUUUCUGGCUUCCUUAAAUUGGCCUCAACCGAGAAUAUGCAAGCAACUCCUCAGCUAGAUGGUGAUCAACACCAGCAAACCAGUGAUGCACAGAAAACUCAAGGACUUCUUGGGGGUAUGAAGAACAGAACAAUGAGCCAGCAAGAAAAAGUUCAAGAAACCUAUAAACCAGGCUUUACUCGACAACAAACUGUUCCACUUCAGAAACCAUUACAACAAGGGGGACUUUUCUCUGGUCUUUUCAAAUUUACUUCAGCUGAGAGGAUAGAUAAACAAAAUCAACCAUCUGCACAGCAGCAUGAAAUUCCCCUCACUAAAUCCAGUCAUGAACAGCUAAGACAAAAAGAUUUUAGAAUUUCUAGCCAAAGUCCACCUCAAAAUAAUACGACAGAAACGGGUCAAGAACGUAGUAGUAGUAUUCCAUUCACUGGACUAUUUAAAUCUUCAUCAGAAAAUAGGAUUCAGCAGAAGCCACAGACAAGCACACAUGAGACCCGAGUAAAUCAUCAAGUCAAAGUACCUGGUAGCCAUCAUACCCCAGUACAGAUAGAGGCUACAACUCCAUCAGGAGUGAUAUCAGGGUUGUUCAACAAGUUAACCAAAUCCUCUGAAAGCACAGACCUGACUUGUCAAAAAUCAGCAGAAAAACCAAUGCAAGCAAGUGACGCUAUGUCUCCAUUCGCAAAGCCAUUAUCACACCAAAACCGUGUACUUCAUUCUCUUCCCAAUGUAAAACAACCCUCCUUGCAAGAAAAUAUCGAUAAAGAUAAAAGGAUUCAAAACCUUGCUCAACCCUGUGAUAGUCAAACAAAAAGUAGUGGUAAGGGUACGGAGCAACUGACAUCAUUGACCAACACAACAGGUUUAACUUCAGAGUUGAUCAAAAGAACUACCACAGACUUUGUAAAUGAAAGGUUGGAAAGAUCAGCUCCUGUCUACCUGAAUCCAGGACAAAGUAGACAUGCUUUACUUAGUACACCAGUGGCAAUUCAUGAUGGAAGUUUAGACCUGAGAACAUCAGCUGCUUUUGCAAGAUCUCUUCAAAGUCAGACAACAAACUACUCAUUUAGCACAGGCGAUCUAUCGCAGUUAUACUACUCUCACUCACUUUCAUCAAAUAACCCAAUGGCUUAUAGUACAGGAAAUAUUCACUACCAUUUGGAAAGCCGUACUGUUUCUCCAGUCAUGACCCCGGGGGCAUUUAAAGGUGAAACCCUCCCUUCUUUCUUUGAGGGAGCACAUCAGAACCUUUACCAAAGUAAUUUUUCUGAGUAUGGGAUAAGUCCCUCAUAUGAUGAGAACCAGUGGAUCCGUGAAAGCGCCCUUUGGCAGCAGUUUCUGAAUGAGUCCUCAAACUACAACCUUCAAGGUGAAGAUCAGGGGUACAAGCAAAACUGUGAAGGUAUGCCAGAAUAUAGAGUUCAUUGUAGAUAUUCAGAUAUUAAUCAGUCAGUGAAUGAUACUCUUUGGCAAAAUGUUGCCUGCCAUGACAAACAAAUGGCAUCACAUGCAGUUGAAGGACCAAGAAAUGAAUACCUGUACCCCCAAAGAAAAUUAUGGAACAGUUAUGAUGACUUAGGAAAUAAUACCUGCCCCUUUAAUAAGGAAGCUGCUCUAAACUUAACAACUAACCAUGGUAAUGCAAAUUUUGGGAGAAGACAUUCAUUUAAUGAUGGUAGUUCUUACAGCUUGAAUGGGGUCUUUUAUCAUGAAGGUUAUUAUGAGGAAACUGCACCAAGCUUAUCUUAUUCAGCAAACUGGCAGAAUGCAAUGGAAAGGGAAAACAUACAAAAUGCUGACAUGAAUUACAUAAGUCACCACAGUCACUAUAAUACUAACCGUAACUGUUCAGCAGGUGCAAUUGGUGAGACAGAAGACUCACUGUACCUUGAAGAUGCUGAAUGGUAUCAGCAAUGGCUUUCUCUUUUGGAGCAAGGAAUGUGGUGGCCAGCAGAAGAUGGGGACUGUGGCUACUUUGUUUACACAGACCAUGAAUAUAUUUAUGCUUUACUUACAGAUGCAGCAGGUGAAUAUGUGUAUGCCUGUACACCCGAAGGUGAAUCAUGGGAUAAUGGCCAUACUCCAGAUAGUCUCCCCAGUGCUUGGUUGCACAAUGAAAUGGUUUUGGUUUGUGGUUUUAAAAUUCCACUUUACAAUGAGGAUGAACUUCUUUGGCUUCCUGGCAAAAACCACGGUGAUCCUCAACUUCUUAAUGCUCCCUUGGAUUUGUCUGCUGCAUAUAGAAAAGGAAACCAGAUCAUGAAUUUAAAUCUUGAGCAGUUCUCUGAAAUGUUUGAAAAUUCAUUUCUGUCUCAAGGACAGCAGAUGGAUUGCACAUCCUACAGGUUAAACAAAGUGAGGAUGGACCCAAGACAACCUACUUAUGGCUAUCCAGAUUACUGCCAAGAUGUUAUUGAUCUUUCUUGUCCUAAAAGAGAUCACACCAGCCUUUAUUGGAACAGCCAUGAAGUUAAAAAAUUACUUGCUCAGAAAGUUUCUGUUUCUUUAAACUCUACUUCUGCUGACAAUUCACAUCAUCAGCGUCUUUACAAAUGCUAUCAACCGAGUCAACGGCGGCGUUCUUCUACUGCUGUGACAGUAAGACAUGUAGAUGAUGUUUCAGAGGAUGACUGGAGAAAAAGGGUGUCUUCAGUUGAAGAAUUGCCUAAUCGGCAGGUCAAAAAGAUUUCCACCAUAAUAUCUUUUGUGACAAAACCAUCCCAAGUGGAGUUGAAAAAAUCUGGGAAUAUGGACUCAGAUCAAGCUGUGGGCAAACAAACUAUAAACAUUCUAUCAACAGGUCUCCAAAAUCUUAAGUCUAAGAUUAUUAAAGAAGACUCUGUUUCUGUUGUAACCCAGAUCGAAAAGAGUAAACAAAUACAGAGCCAAACUACAUCACGUGGUAGAAUUUUACCAACAGUUCCCUCAGUUGCUGAAGGCACUCAACCCUUAACAAUUUCAAAUACGACCUCACAGAAACCAAGACUUUCACGUCAGACUACGAUGGAACAGCAAGCAUCCCCCCCAACAAAGCCCAAUUUUAACGUACCCUUUGCAUCAAAAGAAUCUCUUAAUAAACCAACACAGCCUAUCCUUGUAACAGAUAAGCCAUUGGAUACAAAAGCUGAAAUAACACCUGAACAGUCACAGGGAGGCUUUGUGAGUUUUCUCAAGUCUGCUGUAGGCAUGGAUGAGACUAAACCAGAUAGUCAGACAAAUUCUCAGUCAUCUGUUAAUCUUCAAAGCAAGACUGGGAGUACUAAUUCCUUAUCAGAUAGUAACACUGGAAAUAAAGAGACUACAGGUGUGUCAAAUAUCUUUGGAUCAAUCGGUAGCUUAUUUAGUAAAGAGCCCUCCCCACCGCCAACACAAAAACAGCAAAUGAGAUCUAGUGUUACAGAAGGUUCACUCUCAUCUACAUCUAAAUCAAAGGAUAUUGAAAAACUGCAGACAGUUGACCAAUGCGGCACAUCUCAGCCAAGUAAAAGUAUAUCUGAUGUUUUCUCGCCUAAUUUAUCCAAAGGUACUGAAACUAACAAACCAGCACUUAAAGGGCAAACAAAACAGGACACAGAAACUAAAGCUUCCGGUGGACUUUUUGGAUUGUCUAUCGGAGAUAUCCUGGUAGGAUCCUCAAAUGAUAGCUCAACAUCACAGACACAAGCUAGCGCGCCGCAGGAAGAAUCAUUUGGUAAAACUAUCUUUUCAAUGUUUUCUGGGUCAAGUCCUCAACAGGCCGCACCUAAACCAGAACCCAUACCUCAAACACAUCAAUCAAGUGCACCUCGACCACCUCCUCAACAAGAAACAUUUGGUAAAGGAUUGCUAUCAAUAUUUGGAGGAUCAACCACCCCCCAGCCACCUAACCAUACAAAGCCUGACAUUGAAACAUCACAAAAGACAACCUUGCCUUUAAAAGACCCUCCGUCAACAGGAUUUCUAUCCAUGUUUGGUGGGACAAGCACCCAACAGUCUCAACCUCAAAAAGAAUCUUUUUUGGGGGGAAUUGUACCUGGUUCAACAAGUUCAUCUGAACGGUCACUGAAGGGACUAUUUUCAGUGUUCAGUGAUUCCAGCAAUCAACAGCCUCAGCCAUCAACCAUUCCAUCUCAGCAAAAAGUUGCUCAGUCACAAACUCAACAACAGCUGGAUGCUCAUACACAAUCUAAGCCACAAGAACACUCUCAACCACAAGAGCAGACCGCCACCUCUGUUCUUGGAGGUUUGUUAGGAGGCUUAUCUGGCUCGAAUGACAGUCCGAGAAAAAAAUUGUUUUCCUUAUUUAGUGGCCCAACACCAGGUUUUGGUGCAAACAUUUCCUCUACCCCAGCGACUAUGUCAGCCGCACAAGAAACAUCCAACUCAUUAGUUGGUCAAAAAGAACCCAAACAGGGAUUAUCAGAAACAUCUGACUUUAGUGGCCAUUGUCGAGAAAGAGCAGAUUCAGGGAGUAAAUCCGUCAAUAUUUCAACUGAACUGCAUGUUACCAUGCCAAAAGACAUUACUUCAACUAGCCAGAACUCCAGUAAGAACGAGACCAUAGUUGCUACAUCUGAAACAUUAAGAUUAGAUUGUGUUGGCAUGAAUAAUCAAGCUAGUUCAGGAAGUGCAGCCAAGGAUUCUGCACCUGCUACAGAACCCUCAGCUCCUGGUAUAUUUUCGACUCUGACUGGAUCAGGCCCUCCUCCCCCUCAUUCUGUGGGACUUAGUUCAGAAGAUCCGGGAAAAGGUUUGCUUUCUUUAUUUUCUACACCCAGCUCUGAACCUCCCAGCAGCCAAACAAGACCUUUACCUCCAGAAUCUUUACCAGCAUCUUCAGGCUCCAAGGAGCCACCAGUCAAAGGAUUAUUCUCUAUGUUUGGAGGUUCUUCCCCUGAGCCCUCCUCCCAGCUUGUAGGCUCACUGUUGGGGGCAAUGUUUGGAGGGUCUUCAUCUCAAACUACCACCUCACAGACUGGGGGAUCUUUACUUGGAGGUUUAUUUGGAGGCUCUGCUACCCAAACUGUUCCCCAGGUUAGUCCUGCUAAGAUUGGUGGUGCUAUUCCUCAUUCUACAGGACCACAGACAGGGCCAUCACUACUUGGGGGCUUAUUUGGUGGAUCUGGUCCUCAGCUUGCUGGAUCUCAGACUUCUAUUUUAGGUGGACUUUUUGGAAACUCUGCACCAUCAUCUACAGUGCCUCAGACAAGUGGGUCCAAUUCAGCAACUCAAAACAAAAGUUCUUUACUGGAAGGGGUGUUAGAUGGAUCAUCUUCCCAAGCUGCCAACACUGCCCACUCCCCAGCAAACACUGGUUCCUCUUUUCCAGGUGACACCUUACCAGGAGAUGGCACUAAUGUUGCUUCUAGUAAAGCUGUGCUUUCAGUAGUUGGUGGAUCUGCUCCUGCUAGUGCACCUACUGAAACCAGUCAAAACGGUUCUGAAAGCAAACCAUCGUUGUAUGUUGAAACUGGUGAAAAUGAUACUUCUACCAAAUGUACUGAACAUAAGGAACCACAAAAGAAGUCUAGUCUUGAGAUCAGUGUAUCCACAACUGACGCUAAUAUCACAGAUGAAUUAGUUUGUCAAAGAAAUGAAAAACCAACCUCUUCAAUGGAAGAUUAUCAGUCUAAACAAUUGGAACUUUGCACCAAAACACAAUCUGAACCUAUAAGUACUGCAACUCAAGAUUGUGCACCACAUAAAGUAGAAACAGAAACAGUGGAGCCUUUGCCAGUAAGUCCUGCUGUCCAGACCCAGCCUGAACCAGAAAAGUCAUCUAUUGAUUCAGCAACUGACGCUGUAACCGGCUUCAUGUCUUCAUUGUUCAAACCAGCAUCUCUUGCUUCCGAAGUACCUCAGCAGGCACAGCAGCAGCAAAAGAACUUGCCAUUUGGAACAGGUUCUACUGGUCAAACUGGGGCAUCACUGUUAGGGGGGAUUUUUGGAGGGUCUAAUAUUCAGUCAGCGUCUCCCCAAACAGGGGGCUCUUUACUUGGGGGAUUCUUUAAAGGAGCUACUCCACAGCCUGGCCUGAAGACCACAACACCCGUUACUGGAGGAUCAUUAUUAGGUGACAUGUUUGGAGGAGGAUCUGCUGCUAAACCAUCAACUGCCUCAAGUGGUGGAUCUUUGCUGGGUGGGAUGUUUGGAGGAACAGGGGCAGGAAUGACUUCCCAGGCAGGUGGUUCUCUGCUUGGAGGAAUGUUUGGUGGCUCUGCUGGACAGGCUACAGGAACAGAAACUGGAGCUUCAUUGCUGGGAGGCAUAGGUGGAUCUCUGUUUGGUGGUUUGAGGCAACCACCUAAACAAUCUGAAUCCGAGUCUGCUAAGCCAAAGUGUGCUACUCCCCCAGCACCUGCUAUAGCUACAGCUCCAGCUACAACUACAGCUCCCGCUACAACUACAGCUCCCACUACAACUACAACUCCCGCUACAUCUACAACUACUGCUACAGCUACAGCUACCAGUACUGGUACAACUGCAAAAGUUGCAUCUUUAAUUACUGCUACCUCUGCAACUGCUGAAACUGCUACCACAGCUGCGAAACUGGGUUCAGAGUUUGAAAAUGAAAAUGUUUUACCAGAGGUUAUGCCAUGUAUCUCUGAGAGUGAUUCUCAUGAAACAACUGAAGCAGAGGUAAUUAGCAGUAAGGAACUUGCUGCUGAAGCAUCUUGUCACAAAGAUUCUGGGGUUGCAAGUGAGUCAAUCCAUAUUUCAAAAGACCUUACCAGCCAAAUAGAAACCAUUGAGCAAGAAACAACUGCAGAUAAUCAUGUGAUGCACGAGAAACCAAUAUUCAUUAAAGAAGAACCCAACAGUAAUGAAACCGUGAAAUCUAUUCCUCUGCAGUUAGGUAAAACUACAGCUACCCCAACUGAUGAGUCUUCUUGUAAAGUUGAACAGCCUCCAACUAAAUCCUUCUUGGGUUUAAUAUCUGGCCAGGCUGAGACAGGAAGAUCUCUUGGAUCGUUAUUUUCACCCGCAAAUCCAUCCGUAGUUUCAUCAUCACCUCCAACCGAAGGCGGCAGUGGCUUAUUUUCAGGAUUAAAAUCCUUUUCUGGAUCCCUAUUUCAGGAAGAAAACUCUGCUACAGGGAAACAAGAGCUAGCAGCAUCAUUAUUUGGGGCAAAAAUAAGUUUUCCAUGGCAGACGGAGCCACCCAAGUCUAAAGCUUCCCAAGUUACAACUUCUCAACCCCAAUCUAUCAACAAGCCCACAAACGAACAAACAAAUAGUGCACUAAAGGCUUCAACAGCUGAUCCCCAUAAAACCGAACUGGUAGGUGGUUCUACAGAUGGCUUAGCAAACCCACAGAUUUGCAUCUCCACUCCUGAUGUAGAUCCUUCAGCAUCCCAGACCCUAAUGGACAAGGAAAGGCUUGUAGAAACAGACCCCUCUGCAGGUUCUGCCGCAGGAGUGCAGCUGGACAACCAAUCCAAGAUGGAUCUAUUGAUUGAGAAAAGUCCAGAGGAAAGUAAUCGUUACGGGUCAUCGGGGAACCUGAGCCAGACUAGCUCACAGCUGAGUGAGACUGGCCAUGAGAGCACUGGAGGGUCUGAACUGGAAGAGUCUUUCCACUCCUACCACAGUAUCGGCUUACAUCCCUCCACUAACCGCCAACCUCGCCCCACUGGACAUCUCCCCACCAACGGGCACUCAACCGGCAGUAAGAAGGACGAGGAUGUCCAGUGCCCUGGAUUAAUACGGGAUUUAAAGAGCGACGCAUCGGAAAAAGAAGCAUCUAAACCCCAAAGAUUCCAUGAUGGAGGCCCGGCGUUGCCUUUCUCCCCAUCUAGAGUUCGUUGGUUGAAAGCCAUCAACAAAGUGAGGGUUCAGCUCCGAGAGGUUAGAGAUGUGGAACCCAACAGCAGACAGGCCUGGCUUAAACCCGGCGGUGGAUCUGGUCUGUAUGGAAUUGACAGCAUGCCAGACUUGCGCAAGAAGAAGCCCAUCCCUUUGGUCAGCGAUGUGGCUAUGUCCCUCGUCCAAGCCAGGAAGGCUGGCAUUGCCUCUGCUAUGGCUGCACGGUCCUCGUUCAAGGAUGAGGAGCUGAAAAACCAUGUGUACAAGAAGACCCUGCAGGCUCUCAUCUACCCCAUUUCCUGCACUACACCACAUAACUUUGAGGUGUGGACGGCCACCACUCCCACUUACUGCUAUGAGUGCGAAGGGCUGCUGUGGGGAAUCGCCCGCCAAGGCAUGCGCUGCUCCGAGUGUGGGGUCAAGUGCCACGAAAAGUGCCAGGAGCUGCUUAAUGCUGAUUGCUUACAGCGUGCGGCUGAGAAAAGCUCCAAGCAUGGAGCAGAAGAUCGCACCCAGAAUAUCAUCAUGGCCAUGAAAGACAGGAUGAAGAUCCGAGAAAGGAACAAACCGGAGAUCUUCGAGCUGAUCAGGGAAGUGUUUGAUGUCGCUAAAGCCCUUCAUGCUCAGCAGAUGAAGACCAUCAAACAGAGCGUGUUGGACGGGACCUCGAAGUGGUCAGCCAAGAUCACCAUCACGGUGGUUUGUGCUCAGGGACUUCAGGCGAAAGACAAGACCGGUUCUAGUGAUCCAUAUGUGACAGUUCAGGUGGGCAAGACCAAGAAGAGAACCAAGACCAUUUAUGGCAACCUCAACCCAGUCUGGGAGGAAAAGUUUCACUUCGAAUGCCACAACUCUUCAGACCGCAUCAAAGUUCGCGUUUGGGACGAAGACGAUGACAUCAAGUCGAGAGUGAAGCAGCGCCUGAAGAGGGAGUCGGAUGAUUUCUUGGGCCAGAGUAUCAUCGAAGUUCGAACUCUGAGCGGAGAAAUGGACGUCUGGUACAACCUGGAGAAGAGGACGGACAAGUCAGCGGUGUCUGGUGCCAUUCGGCUGCAAAUCAACGUGGAGAUCAAAGGAGAGGAGAAAGUGGCUCCGUAUCAUGUGCAGUACACCUGUUUGCAUGAGAAUCUGUUCCACUUUUCCACUGACGUGCUCGGCCAGGGGGCGGUUAGAAUCCCAGAGGCUCGUGGAGACGAUUCAUGGAAGCUCUACUUUGACGAUGUGGCGCAGGAAAUAGUUGACGAGUUUGCGAUGCGCUACGGGAUCGAGUCCAUCUACCAAGCUAUGACACAUUUUGCCUGCUUGUCUACGAAGUACAUGUGUCCUGGGGUUCCUGCGGUAAUGAGCAGCCUGCUGGCCAAUAUCAACGCGUUCUACGCCCACACCACUGCAUCCACCAACGUCUCUGCCUCCGACCGUUUCGCUGCGUCCAAUUUUGGGAAAGAGCGCUUUGUUAAGCUGCUAGAUCAGCUACACAACUCCUUGCGUAUUGAUCUCUCCACCUAUAGGAACCAUUUUCCUGCCAGCAACAAAGACCGCCUGCAAGAUUUGAAAUCAACAGUGGACCUUCUGACCAGCAUCACAUUCUUCAGGAUGAAGGUCCAGGAGUUGCAGUCUCCACCCAGAGCCAGUCAGGUUGUGAGGGACUGCGUCAAAGCCUGUCUCAACUCCACCUAUGACUACAUCUUCAAUAACUGCCAUGAACUGUACAACAGACAGUACCAGCCUGCAGACGCAAAUAAGGAGGAGCUCCCCCUGGAGGAGCAGGGCCCCAGUAUCAAGAACCUGGACUUCUGGCCCAAACUCAUCAUGCUUAUCGUCUCCAUCAUCGAGGAAGACAGGAACUCCUACACGCCUGUGCUUAACCAGUUUCCGCAGGAGCUGAAUGUUGGAAAGGUUUCAGCGGAAGUCAUGUGGAUGCUGUUCGCUCAGGACAUGAAAUACGCUUUGGAAGAGCAUGAGAAGCACCGACUGUGUAAAAGCACAGACUACAUGAAUCUACACUUUAAAGUCAAGUGGCUCUACAAUGAAUACGUCAAGGAGCUUUCAACCUUUAAGAGCGUCAUUCCUGAAUACCCAUCUUGGUUUGUGCAGUUCGUUCUGCAGUGGUUGGAUGAAAACGAGGACGUGUCGAUGGAAUUCAUGCAUGGAGCCCUGGAGAGAGACAAGAAAGACGGAUUCCAGCAGACGUCUGAGCAUGCUCUGUUCUCCUGCUCGGUGGUGGACAUCUUCACCCAGCUCAACCAGAGCUUUGAGAUCAUCAAGAAACUGGAAUGCCCCGAUCCCAACGUCAUGGCUCAGUACAGCCGCCGCUUCUCCAAGACUAUCGCCAAAGUUCUCCUGCAGUAUAGUGCCAUCCUUACCAAGAGUUUUCCUUCAUAUAUUGACAAAGAGAAAAUUCCUUGUGUCCUCAUGAAUAACGUGCAGCAGCUGAGAAUCCAGCUGGAGAAAAUGUUUGAAUCAAUGGGUGCCAAACAGAUGGACACGGAGGCCAGCGACCUGCUGAGCGACCUUCAGGUGAGGCUCAACAACGUUCUGGACGACCUCAGCAGCACGUUUGGGAACAGCUUCCAAAGCCGUAUCAACGACUGCAUGCGCCAGAUGGCGGCGCUGCUGUACCAGAUCAAAGGGCCGCUGAACGAGAACACCAAGAACCAGGUGGAGGCCGACUCGGACAACAUGCUGCGGCCGCUCAUGGACUUCCUGGACGCAAAGCUGACUCUGUUCGCCGCUGUGUGUGAGAAAACGGUGCUGAAGCGCGUCCUGAAGGAGCUGUGGAGGAUCGUGAUGACCAGCCUGGAGAAAACCAUCGUCCUGCCCCAGGGAAACGACACCUUUGGAGCACAGAUCCUCUCAGCUGCUAAAGAACUGGGACACCUUUCCAAGCUUAAGGAUCAUAUGGCAGGGGACGCUAAAAGCCUGACCCCCAGGCAGUGUGCCGUCAUGGACGUGGCUUUGGAUACCAUCAAGCAAUACUUCCACGCCGGAGGGAACGGGCUGAAGAAGGCCUUCCUGGAGAAGAGCGCCGAGCUUUCCUCUCUCCGCCACGCUCUGUCUCUCUACACCCAGACCACUGACACCCUCAUCAAAACCUUUGUGACCACGCAGCAUUCACAAGUGCACAAUGGGAAGGGUAUUAGGCUAACUCCUAAUGAGAAAACGCAGCCCAGCAGGGGCUCAGGCGUGGACAAACCCAUCGGGGAGGUGUCCCUGCAGAUUGAGCUCUACACCCAUCCAAAGAGCGGAGAGCGGAAAGUUACACUGAAAGUCAUAGGAGCCAGCGAUUUGAAGUGGCAGACGUCCGGUAUGUUCAGACCCUUCGUGGAAGUCACCAUGAUCGGGCCUCAUCUCAGCGACAAGAAACGCAAAUUUCAGACCAAAUCCAAGAACAACAGCUGGUCUCCCAAAUACAACGAAACCUUCCACUUCGUUCUGGGGAACCAGGACGGCUUCGAGUGCUACGAGGUUCAAGCCUGCGUCAAAGACUACUGCUUCGGCCGCGCGGACAGCGUGGUGGGCCUGGUCGUGGUUCAGCUGAGGGACAUCAUGGAGAAGGGAAACUGUGCCUGCUGGUGCCCCCUGGGGCAGCGCAUCUACAUGGACGACACGGGCCUCACCGCCAUGCGGAUCCUCUCCCAGCGCUCCAACGACGACGUGGCGAAGGAGUUCGUUCGGCUCAAGUCGGAGACGCGGUCGACGGAGGAGGGAAGAUGAGGAGAGUGUUCUUCACCUCCUAACCCUCGUCUUCAUCAGCUGAUGGGCCGCAGCACGUCACAGGGCCAAAUGACACCCCAUCCACCCCAAGUGUUCUUGUGCAAUAACCCCCCCACCCCACCCUCCCUGAGGUUCAAGCCUUUCGCUCUGAAAGCUGUGAAUGUUGAUCUUUCUGCAGCUCCUCUGGCUGAAAACAGAAAGAAAAUCCCUGUUUUUAAUGACAGAAAGCUGAAGGUUUUAUAUCCAAAUCAAUCAUUUCGCUUAUUUUAGCAGACUAAAACAGAUUAUGACAGUCUGAGCGGCUAAAUGUGUGCCUUGGAUUAAAUCUGUCUUCGUCCUGUUUGGACAUUUUUGCUUCAGGCCCCGUGGCCUCAUGUUUCCUGUUUUACACUGCCGCCAUUUUAUUUAUUUUUUAUAUCUAUUUAUUUGCUUUUAGAAGACUUUGAUUUCUGCUGGGAAAUGAUUUGUUUUUUUUUACUUUUUUCCUGUCAUGUUUGGACCCCGUUUGCACAGCGGCUGUGGGGAAAAAGCUGCAGUUUUGUUACAGAUUAAAUUGCACAACCAGACCUGAAUAAAGUUAUUUACAUUCAUCUGUUUAAAAAUACUAUAUAGUUUACAUUUCACCCCCCUGCCCAUUUAUUUCUCUCUUAAUUGC